AUGACCAGGGGAACAGAUGAGCAGUUCCAUGCCCUAACGGCAUCUGUGGACCCAACUUGCAACACCCAGGCAGUCGGGCAUCCACAAUGGCGGAAUGCCAUGGACCAGGAAUUCAAUGCCCUACUGCACAACAACACCUGGAGUCUCACACCGACAAAACCUGGCAUUAAUGUAAUAGGCUGCAAGUGGGUUUAUCGCGCUAAGCAUAAAGCCGAUGGAUCAAUUGAGAGAUAUAAAGCCCGACUAGUAGCUAAAGGGUUCAACCAGGUCGCUGGUGAGGAUUUCUUUGAAACCGAUGUACAAUCAAAGGUGAGUGAUGUUGUUCUUGGAAAGGAAAAUCCAGUUGAAGAAUCAAAUCCUGAAUAUGAGAAGUUGAAGCACUAUAUAUUUGAGCUUGAAGAUCAUCUAGCUGAAGCUCAAAAGCAUUCAUAUGGUCUUGUUAAGAGACAUAGAGAGUUAGGACAGUCUUUGUCAGAUUUUGGAAAGGCAGUCAAACUCCUGGGAACUUCUGAAGGAAAUUCCCUUGGGAAGGCAUUUUCUGAUCUUGGUGCAAAAUGUGAGCUGCAAUCAAUUAAGCUGCAGAAAGAGGCACAUAACCUUCUAAUGAAUUUUGAAGAGCCAUUGAAGGAUUAUGUUCGAGCAGUGCAGUCGAUUAAGGCCACAAUGGCAGAAAGAGCAAAUGCUUUCAAACAUCAGUGUGAAAUGGCUGAAACAAUCAAGUUCAAGGAGAUAGAUAUAAACAAACUCAGGCUAAUGCGGUCUGAUAAGUUAGCCGAGGCUGAGCGUGAAUAUGAAGUGUUGAAGGUUGAGGGGGAAGAAGCAGGUGAAAGAUUCAAGACAAUAGCCCGUUUGAUGAAUGAAGAGAUUGUCCAGUUCCAAGAGCAAAAAACACUGGAUAUUGGUGUUGCUUUACACGAAUUUGCAAAGGGACAAGCGCAUCUAGAAAACAGUGUUGCAGAAGCCUGGCGAGGCCUUCUUCCCAAACUCGAGGCUUGCUCUUAAUAAAAUUUUCUAAUUCAGACUCAACGUUCGUUCUUUCAUUUCUCUGUUGUACUAAUUCCAAUUCUGACGUUAAUUUUAAUAGAGCAAAAAGAAAUAAACACAAUCUCACAAUUUUCAGAA